UAGUGGUGAAAGAAGCACUCAGAUCCUUUACUGAAGAAAACUAAGUGAUACAACACAGUAAAAUGACUCAGUUUCAUGUUAAGUCAUGUAUUAUCAGCAGAGGUAUUACAUGUAAAAAUACUCCAUUACAAGUAAACAUGUAUUUAUACUUUACUUGAAUAUGUCCACUUUGCUUGUAAGGUACAUUUGCUGACAAUACUUAUCUAAGAAGCAUUUUAAAUCCAGGACUUGUAAUGGAGUAUUUUUACUUUGAGUACUUCUGCUGAUAAUACCAACAGUCAGUAAUCUGAUUACACUGGACAAAGCAGAUAUUUCUGACCAUGCCCGUGUGUAUUUCAUACUGUUGAGAUGUUCAGGUAAGCUGCAGCAGUAGCCACACCCCUAUCAGUGAUGUCACACCAGGUGCUUCUCCCUCGUCAGCUGAUGGAAAUCACCUGUCUGACAUCACUCAGAUGAAAGAGCUCAGCAGCAGUUUGUUAAUGUUAUUUAGUGGUGAAAUGUAUCCUCGCCCUCCUCAUUCAGUCAGACUGGGUUUGUAUCUGAGCCAGCAGCGCUCUCUUCCUCCUCCUCCUCCUCUACUUCUUCUUCUCUUCCAUCUCUGGCGGGCUGCGGCGAGCAUUUCAGUGUCGCAUUAAGCCGCUGAUGACAGCAGAGCACAAUAGCAGAUGGGCGCCACCCUGACAUCUCAAAUGACCUCUGCGUGUCUCUGUUCAGGUUUCUGUCAAAGCGCCUCCAAACGAGCCGAGGAGACGUCAGCGAUACUGAAAAACACAAACGGGCUGAAACGUGAAGGACGGAUGUUGAUCAGAGAUGUUAAAGAUGGAGCUGUUUGUUUUUUGUGUCACUGCCCAUCACCUCCUCCUAUCUCACUCCUGAUCCCCCCCCCCCCCCCUCUGUGUGAUAGGGGGUAAUUAGUCCCCUGCAGAGACGACUCUGGUUGUCAGGGGAUGAAUGGCUCUCAGGUGAAAAGCAGGACAUCGGGCAGGUGCAGGUGAUGCUGCGUCUUUCAGAAGUCCGUCUGAAUCAUUCAUGUCCUCAUAGCCGGGGUCAGCUGGUGUAUCCGCUGACUUAACCACGACCAGGUGACCUGGUGUGCCCUCGUCGAGCGGGGUGCAGCCGUUAACCUGUCAGACCAGCUGUUUUUAUUGGACAGUGUUUCUCAGUGGAAACCCCAGCAGCGCCUGAUGUGACGUCUCUUGUUCAAAGUGCAGCAACAAUCAGGCCAUGAGGCUCAUACACGAGCUCCACAACCAGAGAGACGACCUGAAGGAGGAGGUUCAGGAGCUCCACCACCAACAGAAGAUGGUUGGUGCUCAGGCAGAGACGGUCGCUGCAGUGGAGUCGUGCUGCCACCGUGUGGACGCUGUGGAGGAAACUCUGAGGUCUCUGAGGGACACAGUUCAGAAGUAUCCAGACCCCGAGGAGCUGAGUCAGUGCGUGACCUGGGACGUCAUGCAGUCGACUCUGCUCAGCGAGAGAGAAAACAUUCAGAGGGAGCUCGUGAGUUCAGGAGUCGUGGAUCUGGUCAAACCCACACUCUCACCUUUCAGCUGUAACUUCACCUCUGAUACCAGCACGUCCUCCUCCACCCACCCUGUCCAGGACUCCGUCAGGACCACAGCUCCAGGUCCACCAGAGAUACUGACUCUGCAGGAGGCCACAGAGACCUCCUCAGUCCAGACUCAUCCUGAAACCGGCCCUGUGGCUGCUGGUACGGCCCUGUCCCGAAAGGCCAGCGGCUCAGAGCGCUACUCCGAGACGGUGGAGGCUCUGAGGAACAUCGGCAAACUGAAGGAGAAGUUCAGCAAGCUGGAGGCUCGUGUGGCGGCGCUGGAGGAAGGAAAGGUGGACCAGACUCAGCUGGAUCAGCUCAGAGAGGUCGUCACUAACAAAGGUUCUGAGGACGUGUCCAACAACCUGAUGGAUCAGCUGAACCAGCACAGAGCUUUGAUCGACGGCCUGAUGAGUGACCGGGAAAAGCUGGACAGUUUGGAGGACAUGUUUCUGAACCUAAUGAACCAAGAAAGAGAGACCACGUCAGAGGCAGCUUCAGAGAGCCUGGACUCAGACAGCAAAGUCAUUCAUGAGCUCAGACAGCAGAUCUCCUUCCUCAGGAGGUCUGUGCAGAAACUGGAGGAGGGCAUGAAGCAGCUGAGGGCGAAACAGGUUUCAUCUGAGGAGAGGACAGACCGACACCUCCAAGACCAGCUGGACGACCUGCGAGGCAUGCUGGAGGACAUGAUGCUGUCCCUGACCUCUCAGCUGUCCAGCAGCCUCCAGGACGAGGCCAGGCAGGAAGAGAGCGACGGCCAGGGCCUCAGUCAGAGCAGAGACAGAGCAGCUCUCACCACCAGCGCCGUGAACGUCGGCAGGAAGCUCAGCCGUCUGUUCCAGCACUACGAGCAGCUGCAGGACACGGUGAACAACCUGAUCCAGCAGCAGACAGGAGGCAGAGCAGGGACGCUGAGGGGCAGAGAGGCGAGCCAAAACGUGGAGCUGGUGAACGACGUGCAGAAGGCGAUUCUGCAGCUUCAGGCCGAGUGUGAAAAACUGCAUGAAACAACCAGGUGUCUGCACGAGGACAACAGGCAGAAACAGAGCCACAUCGAGGAGCUGUACAAGGCGACAGAGGAGCUGGAGGAGAAGAAAGCCGACAAACAGAUGGUUGAGAGUGAAAUCAAAGCAGAUAAAUCUGCUCUGGACAGCAAAGUGAGCCGUCUGCAGUUUGACUCUGCCACCGAGCAGCUUAACUCCAUGUUCCACGAGCUGCUGAACAAAGUGACGGGUCAGGAGCAGGACUGGCACAAAGUGGUCGACAAGCUCUCCACUGAGAUGGAGUGUAAGCUGAACAGGAUCGAGUUAGACUCCGUGAAGAAGCAGCUGGAGGAUCGCUGGAAGAACAUCCACCAGAAGCUGCAGGCUCAGGGAGCUCCAGAGCACGAGGACGCUGCCGGGAUCAGAAAGCAGCUCGUGGACAGAUUCCACUGCCUCUCCUGUGACCGACCUGUUGUCAAACACACCCCCGGACCACAACUGGUGACGCUGCCGUCCACUCCUGGAUUCCCCUCUCACAAGUCCAUCAGGCCGUUCACCGUUUACGCUCUGGAGCAGUUUCGACAGCACUACAGGAGCCUGAAACCAGGGACCAACCGCUACAACUUUGACGUAGCUAACUCUGGCAGGAGAAGGGAGCAGCUUCAGAGGAGCCACGCUGUGAUGUGCAGGCAGAUAGAGAGCGCGCAGAGACACCUGAAACGCUGCAGCCAGGACACCACGACCGACAGCCCGAACCAGAACCAGAACCAGAACCAGCAGGGAGUCCAGCAUGAACGCAUCGCCGAGCUGACAGACUACAGUCACCUGGCGGUGUCGCGGAGCUGCGGGGGGAGUCACACGGUCACCUCGGCCGGCCAGCGACGCACCGGCCUGCAGUACAUGAAGCACCACGGCCAGCCUGAGGUGGACGGAGUCAUUCAGUCGGAGGAGGUUGACAUCAUCGGACUGGACGGCCAUAUUUACAGAGGUCGCCUGAACCCGUCAGCCAACAGAAACACAGAAACUAAACUACCUACAAUCUCCACCAAAGACGGCCUGUGCAAGAUUAAAGACAAAGCCAAAUGUUCCCCGUCACACAAACCUGCUGCUUCUCCAGAGGCGCUCCAUCACCUCCACAGUGCCAAGAGCGCCCAGUGCAGCCGCUCAGCCUCCAGCAGCUCGGGUCGGGACUGGCCGGUGUCGACUCUGGGCUGCACGUCUCAGAGCUCCAUCGCUCAGGCUUCAGCUGCAGCAGAGAGAAGCGCAGAGCCUCAGGACGACCAGCAGGCCGACCUGUAGGAGGCGCCAGAGAGCGGCCGCACUGUUUCUGAUAUGUAAUAAACUUCUGCAGGGAGAGAGGGUCACCUGCCGGAGGUAACCAGUUUUAUUUAUCCAUUUAAAGCUGAUUAUUAUCGACAUGUUUUUACACUACACGUCCCAUAAAUCACCUGUCCAGCACUGAAAUCUUCUAUUUUAAUAUAUUUAAGUUCUGUGAUCAGCCACUUUCAAUAUUGUUAUUAUUAGUGCUAAUAAUAACAAUAGAUGUUAAUAAACUGAGUGUAAAUUUGAUCACUACCUGUUGCACCAGAGGAUUUUUCCAACAAACAGUGAUGAGACAGUGAAUAUAAGAAGGUAAUGACAAGAUUUUACUCUUUAAAGAAUUUCUGCUAAUAAACCACAGCUGCUGCUCCUGAACCAAACACUGUAAACACAGCAGAGCGUAAAACCAUGUGGUGUUCCCCUCAUCUGUCAGGAGGCCAACAAACCUGGAUGUUGCAUCAUGAGGGGAAACACAUCACUGCGAUCAGCAGAAAUGUACUUCCUGUUCCCAGAAACAUCAGACUGAGAGCAGGAAGGACACGUUAGCAGGGAGGGAGUGAACUCGGUUUGAAGUGUGGUCACAACUCGCUCCCAAUCGUUUCCUGUCAUUCAAGACUUUGGUUUGAAGUCUGUGGUUGAUGAUCUACACACCUCAUUUCUCUUAUUACCUUAUUCUGAUAUUUGGUAUUGAAAAUGUUAGACUGAGUAUUUUCAGUAACUAAAUACAUUUACAACUUUGAGGUACUUUACUGGAGUAUUUCUAUUUUACUUUACUUAAAUCAGAGAGCUUUAACUUUUUAAUUUUACUUUCAUCUGACUCCUGCAGCAACAAACUGCUUUUCAGACGAAGAUUUGACAUAAAAUAUCAAUGAUUAUCUGAUUAAAGUAAAAAUACUGCUUUACACUAAAAACACACCUGAAAUAAAAGCAGUAUUAGCAGUAAAAUGUACCUGUAAUUCACAGUAAUGUAACUUUAUUUAUGCUUCAUGUGGAGCUGAGAAAACCAGCUGAUGUGAACCUUUCACACAUUGAUUGUCAUUUAUUUCAGGAUUUACAGCCACAAACAGGUUUUCAUGGAAACAGACUGGAUUCUAGUUUGACUUCUAAUGGUUUUACUGUGUGUGUAAAUAGUGGUUAUCUGAUCUUGACAACCUCAGACUGUUCUACAGUAUAAUCAGUGAUUAGUAUUGAAGAUUUGCUGCUGGUGUAGUUUUUCUCAGCAGCUUCAGACUCAGAGUUUUCUGGUGUAAAGAGGAAACUGAACGUGUGAGAUAAAGACAGUUUUAAAAGUUCUCAACAAAAAACUCAGAAUUCACAGAAUAUUAUCAAAACUAAAAGUUCAGGCUGUGCAGUGAAAUUAUUCCUCAUUAAAUCUGACUCAUAGAAGCUUCAGCAGCUUUUUACUGUCGGACUGAACCACAUCUGUUUUCCUUUCUGUCUGAAAUAUUAUUUACUUUGACCUUAAAUAGUCACUGAAAUAAAAUCUUUAAUAGUUGAAGGGUAGAAUGAAUGUAUCAGGAAUAAUGGGUCUCAUUCCUCCUGUAACACAGAGCGCUCUAAUAUCAGAGUUUAUAUUUGUCAGCACGUCAGCUUCUCCUCUUCCAGCUGUUUUUCAUCUGUUUAAUCAGCAGCUUCCACUGAUCUUUAGGUCUGAUUACAGCUGAUUUACUGUCUGUUAGACUGAUUAUAGAUGAUCAAUAGGAGGCUUAAAGUUUAAUAAAAUAGAAAAAUGGGAACAUCCAGUAAAGUACUUGAGUAAAUGUACUUAGUUUCUUUCCUCUGCUGCUCUGAGUCGUUUUGUCCUUUAGCAAAGAUUAGAGAAAAGUAAACACAUUAAACAGGAGAUGUUUUACUGCAGUACUUUAACUACAUGAAGCUGAUAGUACUCGUGUACUUUUACAGAAGUAGGUUCGUCAUAGCAGCAGUUCAUUAACUCCCCUUCUGUCACUGAUGGUAAGUCUCCACUUCCUCUUCGAUCAGUUCGACACUACGACCACAUCCUUCCUCAACCUUCAGCCUCCUCAGUUCAGGGAAGUUUCUCAACCGUCCGUUAACUUUCAGUUAAAACCAAAACAAGAGUGAUGAUCAAAGUGUGUGAGCAGCGACACACACAGACACAGGACGUAGCAGAUCAUACCUUGUUUUAUUAAACAUAUAAAUACAAAUUUGAACAGAGGAAAAUGAACACAAAGAGAGAAAUCUCUAGAAAAGAGCCAUGGAUUAGAACAGAGUGAAUAUCUGAGGGUCCAUGAGAAAAAACACCGUCAUCCAAGUGAUAAAGAGCAACAACAAAAAAAGAUUGAAUGGGAGGUAAAUCAUCACCCAGUUUAAAAUCCUCAGGGUGACACAUCAGCUGUGUUUUACUGUUUUAAAAUGUGGUUAGAGACUCAGAGCUAAACCCAGUAAUCCACCCUGCAGGAAGCUCGUUCAGACUCCAGACCUGCAGCCAGGUUCAUUACAGUCCACAACAACAAACCAGUCAGGAGCUAAGACCACCCCACAGACUCCACGUUCGCCUCGACUUGUCCACAAAGGAAAAAUCUGCCCUCGGGCCACAGAACACUGCAGCGAAAAGCCUCUGAUUUAAAGGACCAUACCGCUGUUUCUACACGUUUCAUUACCUCUGAACCGUUCAGGAAUUUUUAGGUAUUUUUCUGUCGUUCCAGGCGUCCAGUCAUUUCAGCGUGGUAUGAAAAUCAGCUCGUAGCUGUGUGUAAUCCACCACAGUGAACAUCAAGUCUGCAGUCGUCUCUAUCAGAUUCUAUCAGAGAUUCGAUCAGUCCAUCGACAGAAAACCAAUCAAUCGUUUGAACUCAUGGUUCCAGAUUUAAAACGUGGGAGUUGCUGCUUCAAC